AUGGAGACGAUCGGGAGAAAGGGAGGCGCGCCGUUGGGGUGUCGCCUCUGGAAGACGCUGCUUCUUCUUCUGCUGUGGAAAGUGUCUGACAGGCCAUCAGUAGCAGCGAGCGGUGGACCAGGCGGAGGGCCGGACAUCUCCCAGUCCCACUUCUCCUCCUCUCUUCCAACCUACCUCCCUGUCCAAUGCCAACUAAGUGGCGCUGAUUCCGCCUUCUUCCUGCGAGAAGCCAAUCAGGAGGUUAUGCGAAAUGGCAGCCUUUCAUCACGGACUGAGCCAUUCUUUCUCCACCAGCUAGAACCAGGCAUUUCUGCCCCACACUCUCUGCCAAGUGUGAACUGCAGUUAUGGAAAUCUGAGCACUGAGCAGCCAAUCCCUGUGGAAUUGCUUCAAGGUCCACCACCACACCUGCUGCUUUCAACAAACCGUGUGACGUUGAACUGGAAGGUCAAAGGUCAGGUAGUGGUGCCUAAAGUGGGAUCAACGAGGCCCUGGAUACAGGUACUAUUUUACUUGGUAGGGCGGCGUUGGGAUGAGCCUGAACCACCUCCAUCAUCCCUCCUCCCAUGCAUCAGGGCCCUGGCCAUCCGUGACACUAGUGAAGCAGCACCCUCGGCAGGCUGCCGACUCAUGGGACCAUCUGGUAUCUGUGUUGUCCGUCUGGAGAUUCCCCCAGCUUGGUUUACACCACCACAAGUGAGAAAAAGACCUCCUGAAGUGGCUCUACCAUCAGUGGAUGUGUAUUACUCAAUUAUACCAGUGGAAGGUGCUGGUCAAGAGUGUCCCUCCAUUGUUAAUGAGCCAUGGAAAGCUCCAAGUGCAAACCCUGGGCCACAUGGUGGUCUGGCUAUGGGCCUCGGGGGGCAGUGGAGCACCCUAGUGGAUGAAGGUCUUCAAGACAUGCUGAAAGUCGGUUCUGUUGCAAUGAGCAUGGGCCCUGUUUCUGCCAAAGGAGAAAGACUACAAUUAGAUGACAAUGUGGAAGUUUUGGAGCCUCCCAGUCCUGUUCGGCUCGGCAGAACAGUGGCUUUUGCCAUCUACAUGAAGACAACUUCAAAUACGGAACAGUUUACAUUGAGGGUGUGGUUCCAGUCAGGUAUCAACUUCCUGGCUGUGAAACCCAGCAACCUUGUCGCAUGGGAGAUCAAACAGGAAAUGGCACCGGGAAGCAGUUCGUUGGCAGUGAUGUGCCAGAGAAAAGCCUCCUCCACAGCAGAGAGGUAG